UCAGCUGGCCCCGUGUGGGACGCAGACCAUUUUAAUGCGGGCUUUCUUACAAAUCUAAAAAAAAAUGGACAGUUUGCAAGCAGGAGAUCCGCGGUAUCUGAAAAGGAGAGUGAAGGGAUGUACUCUUGAGGUCCACCCCACUGAGAGAGCCCUUGUGGUUCAGUAUGAGGUGGAGGCAACUGUCUUGGGAGAGCUGGGGAACCCAAUGGUUGGAGAACGCAAAGAGUGUCAGAAAAUUAUUCGCCUGAAAAGCCUGAACGCCCACACAGAUACGUCCUCUUUGGCCCGGAAAGUCGUUGAGGAAUGUCGGCUGAUUCACUCGUCCAAACUCCACGAGGUGGAGCAGCUGCUCUUCUAUCUGCAAAACCGCAAACAAUCAAAUGAUAACCAAGAGAAGAAACACAUCUCACCUCGAGAUUUCACACCUUACACAGGAGUGGAGCUGGAUGAGGUGGCGAGCAUUAGCUGCAUCGAUGAGUAUGUGGAGCUGCUGUAUGAGGACAUCCAGGAGAAGAUCAGAGGAGCCACACUCAUCUUCCAACUGGCACGCAACCCAGAUAACCUGGAGGAGCUCAUACAGAACGAGACAGCCCUUGGAGCCCUGGCCAGAGUUUUGAGGGAGGACUGGAAGCAGAGCGUGGACCUGGCAACAACCAUCAUCUAUGUCUUCUUCUGCUUCUCCAGUUUCUCCCAGUUCCAUGGCCUGGUCACACAUUUCAAGAUUGGGGCCCUUUGCAUGAACAUCAUUGAGCAUGAGCUGAAGAGGUACGACCUCUGGCAAGACGAACUACAGAAGAAGAAGAAGGCCUAUGAGGAAUUCUCUGAGAACCAAAAUCUGAAGAAGGAACAUGAGAAGUCUUUCAAAAAGUACCAGAGCCUUCUGACCAAGCAGGAGCAGCUUCUCAGAGUUUGUCUGUGUCUGCUGCUGAACCUGGCUGAAGACACCCGCACAGAGCUGAAGAUCAGGAACAAAAACAUCGUCCACAUGCUGGUGAAGAUCCUGGACCGGGAUGACGAGGAGCUGCUGCUGGUGGUGGUCUCCUUCCUCAAGAAGCUCUCCAUCUUCCUGGAGAACAAGAAUGACAUGGCUGAAACAUUUGCCGUGGAGAAGCUGGCUCGGCUGGUUCCCUGCAAUCACGAGGAGCUCCUGAGCACCAACUUACGCCUCCUGCUCAACCUCUCCUUCGACACGUCGCUGCGCAGCCAGAUGGUCCAGACAGGACUCCUUCCCAAAGUCUCCUCACUGCUCGCUGACGAGGCCCAGAGACAGCUCAGCAUGUGCAUUCUGUACCACAUCAGCAUGGACGACAGAUUCAAGUCCAUGUUUGCCGACACAGACUGCAUACCGCAGCUUAUGAAGAUGGUGUUUGACUGUGGGGAGGAGAAGCUGGAUGUUGAGCUCAUCUCGCUCUGCAUCAACCUGGCUGCUAAUAAGAGUAACGCAAAGGUCAUCUGUGAAGGCAACGGUCUGAAGAUGCUGAUGAAGCGUGCUGUGAAGCUGAAGGAUGUUCUGGUGAUGAAGAUGAUCAGAAACCUUUCUCAGCACAAAGGACCCACCAAGAGCCUCUUCCUGGACUAUGUCGGUGACCUAGCAGCUCAGAUCAGUGAGGAGGAGGCGGAGGAGUUUGUGAUCGAGUGUCUGGGCACGCUGGCAAAUCUGACCAUCACCGACCUGGACUGGGCGAUGGUCCUCAAGGAGUACAACUUGGUGCCCUACCUGAAAGACGGACUCAAACCAGGUUCUGCUGAGGAUGACUUAAUUCUGGAGGUGGUGAUCAUGAUCGGCACCGUGUCCAUGGAUGACUCGUGUGCAGCCAUGCUGGCAAAGUCUGGGAUCAUUCCUGCUCUUAUUGAGCUGCUAAACGCCCGACAAGAGGACGAUGAGUUUGUGUGUCAGAUUGUCUACGUCUUCUACCAGAUGGUCUUUCACAAAGCUACCAGGGACGUCAUCGUCAAAGACACUCAAGCGCCUGCGUACCUCAUCGAUCUGAUGCACGAUAACAACGCCGAGAUCCGCAAAGUCUGCGACAACACGCUGGAUAUCAUUACAGAGUAUGACGAGGAGUGGGGAAAGAAGAUCCAGAAUGAGAAGUUCCGCUGGUACAAUUGUCAGUGGUUGGAGAUGGUGGAGAACCGUCCCAUGGAUGAGGGGGGAGAGCCCUACCUGUACGGGGAGGACGGAGAAUCCUUCAUCGGGGACAGAGACAUCCUGGAGAGACCCGAUCUGUUCUACAGCGCCGAUGGGAUCAUCUCAGUAGACGGUGCCAUCAGUCCUGAGUACUACACCGACUACCAGGAUGGAGAGCUGGGACGGACUGGAUACAUGAGCAGUUUGUCGGAGCAGUUUGUCCCAGCAGAUCGACCAGUCAGCGCCUACGGCUUCCGCCCCGAUGAGCAGUUUUUGUACACUGCCUCCCGGUAAACCUGGAACCUCUCACACGUAAAUACUGUACAAGCGUUGUGCCCCUGAUACCCACUGUGUGCCACUGAAGCUGCAUCUCGUUUGUGGAGGAAUAGCAUCGACACGUGUCUUUUCUUUUUGAACUGCUCAGUGCUCGACAAGUCGUCACCACAAAAUAGUUGUCAUCAUAACGAUCAGUCAGUCUGUUAAUGAGGCAAACAAUCAGAAGUGGCAUUUUCUUGAUGUUAGAGCACCAAAAAGUAAUCUGUCUUAGUUGAAUAUACUGACACCCAUUCAGGGAAAACUGCUGAAACAAGCAACUGCACAGAGAAUAAGUUGAGUUAACCCACCCACAAAAUCCUAAAGACUCCAAAUGAAAGAAUGUGAUUUAUUGUUAUUAUAUAAAUAUUAUACACUUAAAACCUAACAAACCUAAAUAUUAAGGUCAGUCUUAAAUUUCAUUUAACUUUUAUUCAGAUUCAUUUGUAAAUAUUUAAAUGUUGCUUAUGUGAUUUAAGAACACAUGCUGUGAUUCAAAGCUUAAUACGUCUGUAUUGUGAUAAACUAGGCAGCUGUUGAUCUAACACUGAACUGCAUUUUCUUUAUUAUUUACUGUCAUGUUUGACACAAUUUAAUGUUUCUUCUGUAACCGCAGCCUGCCUAAUGUGAUCGUUCAUAAAGACCUCAGAGAAUACAUAGAAAGAAAUGAGUACGUUUUAAAAGAUUAAUCUGGUGUUAUUCUUAUUUUUUUCUCGUGUCAACAAAUCUCAUGUGCAGACUCAAACAUCCAAUGUGUUGGUGUGUCACGUUUAGACUUCCUGUCUGUGGCUCUCAGCUGAGAGCCAAAGAAAUCCAAUGAUUCUUAAAAAUCACCUCACGAUUUUAAUAAAAAUAAUAAAAAAGACCCAGUAAACACCAGUCACUGUAGUUUUUAAUCAAAUAAACAAGAGGAAAUAGUGUAUUUGUUGAGGACUAUUUUCAGUGGCAGAUUUAUCCAUAUUUGGGGCUCUACUGAGUAUUUGUGGCAGCGGGACGGUGCAUGUGGGAUUGAGUCAAAAUAAACUACAGUGUGUUUUCAUAGUAAUGAAGGAACAUGUCACCCAGUGCAACAAUGUGACUCAUUGAUGUGUUUUUAAUGGAGCACACACACACACACACACACACACACACACACACACACACACACACACACACACACACACACACACACACACACACACACACACACACACAAUACUUGUUAGGAGAUGCAUUCACUGUUGGUUGGAUUUAUUUACAAGAGAAAAAUUUACAGAAUUUCACCAGACCUGUCCUUUAACAGAGAUAAUACACUUAUAGACUUAAAAACAGUCUGGUUAACUGGCUGGCGUAGUUUGUUUUUUGGCUUUUGAGGCCCAAAGAGUUGGAAGUGGAAAAAAUAAAGAAACUGAGAAAACUCACUCUAUCUUAUCCCUUUAAUCAUAUUGUGACCUCUCAGUUUUAACUUUGGUCCACUGGGACAUAGUAAAGUAUGUCUGGAACCAGUGAGUCAUGCUGUUUGGUAGCACUUUAAGUUGCGGUUCUGUAUUUUCUUGAUUUUCUAGGAUGUUUGCUGAAAAUCGCUGUGUAAUUUUGUACACGCUAAAGGGAAAAUACUGUAGACAGACAAAGUGUUCAGUUGUUGAGCUUUCAUUUGAAGUAGAACCUGGAGAGUCUUUCAGUCUGUGCCCAGCAUGUCAGAUGGAUUUGCUUUACCAUAAAUCAGCAACCUAUUAUAAACUCCACACGACUCAAAAAUUUCAUAUAACUGUCUCAGAGCAUUGUCUCUAUAAUCAGGACCAAAUUACACAGUUCUUUCCAGGAAACGUCCUAGAAAAAUAUUAGAAAAUGUAUUUGUAUUUUCUUCUAUUUGUACACACUGUUCUCUCACUGGAAGCUCUGCAGUAGACUGUAAAAGAAAAAAAAUACAGGCGCUGGAUUAAGAUGGUAUUUAUCUAUAUUUAUGUGAAUGUAAUUUAAGAAGAAAAAUGAACAGCCUUUAAUGUCUUAUCUUGAAAAAUACAAACAACUGUUAAAUAAUUUAUUUUUAUUCUUUAUCUUGUCGUUGAUGUGCCUGGAGCGCUGCUGGCCCGCUGAAAUAUUUGGUGCAAUAUAUCACAUAAAUGGAAGGCGUAUUAUUGUAGUCAAACUGUAUUUAGUAUUUAAUCCGUCACAGAUGUUGGAUAACUUGCAGGUUUUUUGAUAUUUCUCAGCACAGUGUGUAUGUGAUUGUGGACCAUGAAUAAAUAAUCAAAACCUCAUGCUGUAUUUGUUUUAUUGGCAAAUA